UACCGACCGACCGACUACCAUCGAACCGUUUUCCCAGUUGGAUAUUCAGUUAGUAUUAAGCGUUCAACGGAAAAGGACACCGAACAAAAACCAUCAACAGUGGGAAAAAGGGCAUAACCAAAAAAAGCUUUCGUAUAUCUUUGACGAUAUUUUGAGUGGAUGCUGUGAUUUCCGACUAUAAUACACUGGAAUCAGUAUGUGAAUUGAAAAAGUCGAGAUUGACAAAAUAAAAGCGAUUCGAAACAUACAACAAUAUAAAGAGGAGAAAUUUUUAGGUAUUGGAAGCUUUUGUCGGAUAAUAUGUGUGUAUAGAUAAAAAUAUACUCUUGAAGUUCUUGAAUGACAUAGAGCACUCUGCCUAUAACUGAAUAUAUACUCAUGGACACAUUUUUUUUCAUUCUAUGGUGAAGAGGAUAUAGUUAUAGCCCCUUGUGUACAAUAAAAUUAAAACGAAUGAAUUGGCAAUUGAUUGUGAAUUGAAAUGGGGAACAAAAAGGAAAAAAAAAGUUGUGUUAGGGAGGUUCUGUGUUGAAGUUUGAAUUGUUUUGUGAAGUGAACGAAAAUAAAAAUAAAAUAAAAUAAAAAAAAAAUUUAAUGGAAAAAAUCAAAUUGAUAAUGUAAACGGUUACAGAGUGGAUGAUUUGUUUUUGUAGAUUAUAUUGGACUUACUACUUGGAAAUCGUUUAACAAAGAAACUUUCAACUAUAAAUUUUAAAAGUCGAUUGAUACACCUACAACUAUACACGAUCAACUAUACACUGAACUUAUAUAUGGAUUGAUGACUUAUCGUCGAACGAGUGAUGUAAUAUUUUCUAAGGAAAUUGGUUUAUAGAGACGGACUAUUACAAAACUCAAUCAAUGUAUGCGUUUCAGAUCAUCAUGACCCGACGGAAAAGGGGCCUUUGCGAUUGGUUUAACUUGAUAGCCGCAAUCUGGUUCAUUCUCUCCGAUAUAUUCUUAAAUGGAUUCUGUUUGCGCGAAUUAAAAAUCUUCGUACCAGAAGCUGUUAUCAUGGGAAACGCAGCCACAUUAUCCUGCCAGUAUGACUUGGAACAGGCGGUUCUAUAUUCGGUUCGUUGGUACUUCGAGGGUGAAGAGUUUUAUCGAUAUGUUCCUAAAGAAUCUCCACCUGCACGUGUUUUUACAGUAAGCGGAAUAUCUGUAGAUCUAUCAUCAUCCGAUUCGACACAAGUAACACUGCGUAGCGUAACAAGAGACUUGUCUGGCCAGUUUUUAUGUGAGGUAUCUGAGGACGCUCCGCUAUUUCAUACUGAAAUUCGUAUUUCACAUAUGCAAGUUGUUGAACUACCGAACGAGGAUCCAUUUAUGCAAAUCGAUAAAAAAGUUCUCGGUUCCAACGAUAGUUUUAAGGCAUCAUGCACUGUGGGUAAAUCCUAUCCAUCGGCGAAUAUAACUUGGUAUAUAAACGAUAGGAAAGUAUACAAAACACCAUUUCAACGAAUUGUUUAUCGAUCGUACGAGGGUACAGCCACCUAUUCAUCAUUAGAACUAUAUCCGCACAGUCAAAUAUUGCAGGAUGCAUUCCAAGCACAAACACCAAAAUAUCUAGCUAGCCUGAAUAUAUUGUGCGAAGUAUCCAUACUGCAUGUGUAUCACAAAAAUGUCCAACAACGUGUAUUGUUGGGCAAUCAAUCAUAUACAACUGUGUCACCGAAUUUAUUGGGCUUAGAUGGAUCGAAACAUGGUGCGUCGGGCGAUCCAGAUAAUUCACCUUUGACUGGACAUAGUGUUCGAAACACGUUCAGUAAAUUAAUGUUUUUAUUUAUAAUUUGUUAUUGUUUUGGUGAAAUGUUUUUGUGACGACAUAAUAUUAUUGGUGAAUGAAUGUUGUAACGGGAGAGAUGGAAAAAGAAAGAAAAAGAAGAAGAAAGAGAGAAGAAAAAUGGAUAAAAAAGAAGAAAUAAUUUGAUAAACAAAACCAAAUACAAUUAUGAAUAGUUAUUGCGAAUGAAAAAUAAUAAAUGAAAAAAAAAAAUGAAUUAAAACUAAAAUAAAAAUUAAAUUUAAAAAUAAUAAUAAAAAAAACAGAAACAAAAACAAAGGAAACAUUAAAACAAAAGCCAAGAAAAAAGAAAAUUCUGAAAUUUUGUUUAUACAAUAAACAAUUUAAAUGCAGUAAAUAACAAAAAUAUGAAAUACAUUGUAUGUAAAUAGAAUUAUAAACGUGAUGUUACAGCAAAACCAGAAAAAAAAAAUUAUUACCAUUUUAAGAAUGUAAGUGACACAAAUUAUAGAGAAAAAUAAAAAAUAAUUUGUAAAAAUA